ACAUUAACAACAGAAAUGGGAACGCCGGAGAAAGGGUUGACGAGUGACGUCACAUCCGCCUCCCCCUCCCGCCCUCGCAAUGCCUUUCCGGUGGUGCGCGGCGUUUGGUGCUUUUUCGUGUGAAAGGCGCCGCGGCUGCUGUCCGAAGUGCUGAACCUGUAGAAGAUAUCAUGGAGAACCACUGUGACCCAUUCAACAGAGUUGUCUGCAAUGGCGUGCCUGAGAAGAAAUCUGUUAUCUUAGUAGCAGAAGACCAUGGUCAGCAUGUUCUGAAUGUUCUUCAGAAUUUCAGAGAGGAAAACAUCUUUUUUGAUUUUUAUAUUCGUGUCAAGGGAGAGAUGAUACCCUGCCAUCGCUGUGUCCUGGCUGCUUGCAGUGAUUUCUUCAGAGCCAUGUUUGAAGUAAACAUGCGAGAGCGAGAUGAUGGAAGUGUGACAUUGAGCAACCUGUCCCCCAAAGCUGUCAAAGCCUUUUUAGAUUUUGCUUAUACAGGAAAGACGGAAAUAAAUGAAGAAAAUGUGGAAAUGUUCUUCCAGCUCUCCUCCUUUCUACAGGUUUCCAAUCUUGCUGAAGCUUGUAGUGAUUUCCUUAUCCGAACAAUCGACCUCGCAAAUUGUCUGCAGCUCCUGUCUAUCUCGGAAGGAUAUGGCUCAACACGUCUGUACCACAGAGCUCUUGACUUUGUUGUACAUCAUUUUCAUACACUUGUAAAGUCCAGCGAUUUUCUGGAGAUGAAUGUUGCUAUCUUGGAAAAGUGUCUGGAGGCAGAUGAGCUCAAUGUUCUUGAUGAAGAGACCGUUCUAAAAGCUGUUCUUAUUUGGACAAAACAUGAUCUUGCGAAACGACAGAAGUUUUUCCCCCAGUUAAUUAAACUUGUGAGGUUACAUCAGAUGCCCGAAGGAAGUCUAGAAACCUUUUCCCAGUCUGAAAGCCUCUUAAAUAGUAAUGUUGAUUGCCUUAAAACAAUCAAGGAAGUUACAAGGAGUCUUCACGAGCUGAGUGGACUGUUUCCUGAUGCACGGCCUUCCACUACUGAGAAGUACAUUUUUGUCCACAAGACUGAGGAGAACAGUGAAAUCCGCCACACCUUCUGCUACAACAUUGAAACUGAUCGCUGGCAGGAGCUGCCUGAGACUCAUAUUUCUGACCUGUCAGGCUCAAGUUUGGUCAGCUUUGGAGAAAAGCUGUUUGUGACUGGUGGAUGCAAAGGUAACUGCUGUCGGGCUGUGCGACUUCACAUCGCAGAACCAUUCCAUGAUGCUACACAUGAAACCUGGUGUUAUUGCCCAGUUCAAAAUCAGUUUUUCUUGGUCUCGCCGAUGAAAAAACCACGAACAAUGCACACAUCUGUUAUGGCACUGGAAAAGGUUUAUGUCAUAGGAGGAAAAACUAGAGGGACACGCAACAUCAAAAGUUUAUUAGAUGUGGAAUAUUAUAACCCAUUGAGUAAAGAAUGGCAAUCAGUGAAUCCUUUGCCAAGAGGCAUCUAUUACCCAGAGGCAAGUGCCUGCAACACUGUCAUUUAUGUGCUGGGUUCAGAAGUUGAAAUAGCUGACAUUUUUAACCCUAGUUUGGACUGUUUCUUCCGAUAUGAUGCAGAUACAGAUCAGUGGUCAGAACUGGUGGCAGAAUUUGGACAGUUUUUUCACGCAACUUUAGUCAAAGCUGUCCCAGUGAACAACACCUUGUACAUCUGUGAUUUGUCUACAUAUAAGGUAUAUAGCUUCUGUCCAGAUACUUGUGUUUGGAAAGGAGAGGGCUCCUUUGAGUGUGCUGGCUUCAAUGCAGGAGCCAUUGGAAUUGCUGACAAAAUAUACAUAUUAGGAGGGGAUUAUGCACCGGAUGAAAUCACAGACGAGGUGCAGGUAUACCAUAGUAACCGGUCAGAAUGGGAGGAAGUGUCCCCAAUGCCACGGGCACUUACUGAGUUUCACUGUCAAGUGAUGCAGUUCAACCGAUACAGAGAUCCAUGGAAGCUGAACAUAGAAACUUAACAAAAUGUUUUGGGCAACUACACAAAAGAUUUGCACUACUCCCUUUUGUUCAAAGAAUCAUGUCCUAGAUUUAAAGCAUCCAAUUAAGGAUUACCAUUAUUCAAUGCUAGUUGCAUUGAUUUGGUGUCAUCUGGACAAUAAACCAUUAGUACAAACAUGCAACUUAAGGACAACAUUAAUGAUCACACACAAUCAACCAAGUUAUUAGAAACACACUUGGACAUAAUAAUCAAAUUAUUCUGGAUAUUUCUUAAAGUCUGGAUUUUAAAUUCAUGUAGCUCACAGCUUGUGGAUACAAGCACUUUUUUGGUCUUAAUUUACCUAAAACAUUUACCGCUUGGAAGGACAAUGAACAGAGCGUGGCAGAUUCAGGAUCAGCAUCACUGCUUCCAGUGACAUUUUAAGAUUUCUUAAAUGUGUAAUCUUUCUAGACCAUAGCAGAUGUGGACCACCCAUGCUAGACUGUUGGAAGUGGUAAUGUAAUUCUGUACCCUCUCAAAAAACUGGUCAUUGAUAUAUUAGAAAGGUUCUCCUGUGUUAUAUUUUGUCACCAAUUAUUUUGUUUUCUUGAUAUUUAAUUGCAGAUUAUUUAGAUUAUACUAUUUGACCAGUUUGGUUACUUCAUUCCUGUAGGCAGACUUAAUGUAAUUUGUGAUGAGACCCAUAAGAAAACAUAACAUCCCCAACCUACUUACUGUAUAUACUCGCAUAUAAGUUGGGUCUUGAAACCCAAAAAAUCAAUCAUAAAAUCAGACCCCGACUUAUACGCCCAUUCAAAAAUACGACACUUACAUUUUUUUUUUACCUCUUCUUACUUCCUCCAAUCUCACACCAGUUUCUCAGACACAUCAAAUUUUGUUGCAGCAGCACAGUUACCAAUUUCUUUCGCCACUUCAAUGACUUUUAAUAAUAAUAAUAAUAAAAAUACUUUUAAUAAUAAUGAUCGAAUGCUCCAUCGUAGAUAAGGAAUGCUCUUACGAUAAAGGUGUAUGAAGGUGUGAGAUACAAAAAGCACAAAACAGUGCAAACAUCACUUCAGAAUAGUUUGGGUAUUACUGUGUGGUCACGUAGGCACGAGAGAGAAAGAGAGAGAGAGAGAGAGAGGUUAGGAGCAUGCACUGAUACAGCUCAUUGCCACACCCACAUAGAAAAAAAAGGCAGUGUGCUCCAUGGUUACUCUCUCAGGCAGGCGUUAGCAUAUCAUAAUCUCUUGGACCAAUAGUGUGAGUUUUCCACAUUUGAUUUAUAUGACCAACAUUAUAAAAUACUGGAAAUUAUAUGGUAAAAUCAUGCCCCAAAUUAUCUACAGGAGAACUUAAACGUGAGUAUAUACGGUAAUCCAAUUCAGGUUCACCCUGAGCCAGAACACUGGGUAAGAGGCAGGGAGUAGCUCUGAUCUGUUCUGAUUCUAAAUGUAAAAAGAUUUGAUCUGUAAAAACACUGCCCUCAAGUGUCUAUUUGAAUGAACAAUAUUACAUUUUGCCAACGCAAAUUUAAGUUAAUUGUGUAAUUGAUAAGAUUGCUUGAGGUAAACCAUUAAUUAAAUAAUGUCUAAUUAUUAAACAUUCCUAGUUUGUGUAUUUGAAAUGAAGAUGUGUUAAUGAGCCACAACACUGUGUGGCACCCAUAUUCAGAAUGGCUAGCUUUUAAUAGUGUGAACAAAAACAAGCAGUGUUGCUAUUAGUUUGAGUGUAACCUUUGAGACUUGUUCCUGUGCUUUAAGACCAGCCUAAAAAAUUAAAAUCUUUUAAAAUUUCACAAAGUAGAGGAAUUAAAUGUAAUACGUUAUUCAGAUUUAAUCUGUCAUUGCUAAUGGCUGGUAGCUGUCUGAAAGAGGGAAGAAAGCUUUUUUAUUUGUCAUACAGCAUGAAAAUAACACAAUAUGGGGUAUCUUUCAAAAAACAAGACACAAAAAAGACAUUUUGUGUUUAAAAAGAUUAGAUUUCUCUGCCAAGCCCUCAGACCACUAUAGUCUAGUCAAUUAUAAUAAUAUUCUUCUUUUUAAAUUCAAAUUCAGACACCUUGAUUUCAGGACAGUGAAAACAAAAUGUGCUUCCUUUUGUAAUCAUUUUAUGUCUGUGCUGAGAGCAGUGAUCAAACUUACGGUCACAGACAUAGCAAAUGGUUUAAAGCAAACCGUUUAUUUACAAUAAGGGAAGAACAGCAUGGACUUUGAAAAUGGGUUUACCCAAAAAGGAGCUAUGAUAGAUGCCCCAUCUUUCUUCUGUAUAGGUUUCCUCAGUUAAAACAGAAUACUUUCUCCCAUGAUGCAAUUUUUUUUUAAUAUGGGCAUGGCGUCAUGAGAGAAUGUAUUCUGUGUUAAGUGUAGCUAAAAAUGCAUCAAAGCAAUAAAUAAAUGUAACUCCUGAAUUAUUUGACAUUAACAACAGCCAAGACUGUAAAAAACUAAGACAUAAGUUACAUCAUGGCAAACAGGAAAUAAUACUCAGUUAGGCUUCACUCAAAUUGAAAUAUACAUAACAUUUAGAAACUUGUGUGACACAAUUCAGUAUCAAGGAGAAUGGGAGGUCAUAACAGCAGCAUGGAGUGCAAGACUGGAGCCAACCCUAGACAAAGUGAAAGUUCAUUUCACAGCCAACUCCACUCUGCAUUGCUCAUCCACACUGAGCCAAUUUACAUUCAUCAAUUAACACGGACAUGGAAAGAGAGUGCAUACUCCCCAAAUACAAUGACAAAAUGCAGAAUUCAAACUCUGGAUCUGUGAGGCAGCAGAGCUAACCACUGUAUCACCAUGCCACCCUGAUAUACAGUAACGUGGAGACGUAACAGCCAGUGUACAGCUUGAAAUGGUAGACACAAUACUUUGAUACACUGAAACACAUUUUACUAACUAAACAAAGUGACUGUAUCUCAUGAAGGACAUUGGAGUUAAUGCAACUGCCCCACAUCUAUAGGAUUACAAAUUCUGUUUGUGAUUCUAACAUGUUCCCCAGGCAGAACAUCCAAAAUGGGAAAUUCUUUGACUUGUUUAGCAGGGAAACAGAACCACAUGAAGACUCAGAAUAUCCUAUUGUGAUAACUGUGGGAUAGAAGAUCAGUAAUAACGUUUAUCUACCAUUCAGCUGAAGUUUACAUUCAUUUAAGUGGACAAAAUAGAGUACAAGAUUAAGUCUCAGUUAUUAUUUAAUUCCACCUCUGAUGUGGGGGGAAAUAAAGCAAAAAGAUAAAUGCCAAUGUAGUUAAACAGUUCAUAUAACAGGCAAAUACAAAGAGAGGAGUUGCUAGGUACAUCACACAUAUACCAUCUGACCAGACUAGAUGAGAGGGAGACAUAUGUAAGUGAUGGGACCCCAUGAAAUCCUCUGAGUCCUUAACUUCUCUUUAUAAUGUACACCUAUAAUGCAAAUUAUGCGUCAAUAGCCUGAAUCCAUAAAAUGAGCAGGCAUGUCGUGAUCGUUUAGGCCCAUGGUAGCAGACCUACAAUAUAUUGCAUUGCAAAAAUGAUAAAGAAAUAUAAAUGGGUCAUUAUUUCAUUGUGGAAAUCACUGGCCUGUCAGCAAAAAGGUUUGUUUUAAUGUGUCUGUUUUGUUUGACUGAGUUAUUGUCCAGAUCUCUCAAAAUGUUAGACUUAUGGACACUCGCUCUUUCAAUUCUGUGCUACUUUAAUGCAUGGAGCUCAAAAGUAUUUAAUAUGUAAGCUGUCAGCCUCACCAAAAUGUCUGCACAAUAAAGCCAAAAAUGUGUUAA